ACCAACGUACUACGAUGUUUUUAUUCCUCUACUCUUUCUCGCUCCUCCUACGUUAAAAUGAGUGGAAAGAAUGUGAACAACGCUUACAUUAGCCAAAUAUAAUAUACUCUACUCUUCAGUGUAUAUACGACGGUAUUACGUAUUAACGUUUUUUACAGUGUCGAAAAUAAACAGUGAAGUGAUCUUUCAAUUGGUGUGAUAAUUGGAGUGAAUUUUAUCGAUCCCUUGGAACUAGAUACUCGAUUUGCCAGUAUUCAGAUAAAUUCCGCGCCAAAUCCAAACAUCUGUGUAAAUUUUCAGGAAAAUCCGCGAGUAAAUUGAGGAAAAAAUGGCUCGAACGAGAAAACGACCUUUGGAUUCGUGUUGUGGGUGUAUUUCCUUGAAGACCGGGUCACUCAUCACUGGAAUUUUAUCGAUGAUCGCAGCUGCUUUAACAAUGAUAUACAUAAUAUUUACAAAAGACAGAUUGCAUACAAUAUUGAUAGAUCUUCCACAGACAACCAUUAAAAUCAUUCUGGUGUUCAAUUUAUUCAUGACCAUUGUCAUUUCAGGAGUAUUGGUAUUGGGAGUGUUAAAAGAGCGUAAAUUUUUCUUAGUGGUAUGGAUCGUUCUGGGUAUAAUGCUGGUAAUAAGUUGGCUAAUUUCGGUCAUCUACUGGGGCUUUUAUUAUCUAAUAAACCAUCAGUAUCUAGAAUCAGUGGUAUGGUUCAUCAUCGGAAUAGUCAUUUCGGUGUUAUAUUUCUAUUUAUGGCUGGUGGUUUACUGUUUCUAUCUGAAACUGAAAGAGGAAGACGAACGACUACCUUAUUACAAACCAGCACAUCUUCGUUAAUUACCUGUUUGUCGCGGUAACUACAUACGAACGAGUACUUCUAAUACCUAUUUAAACUAUUUACCUACAUCUGCGUCUACGCUAUUGUCUACAAUAUUUUUAACAAGCACAGAACUCAUUGAGAUCAAAUUUAUAAUGUUUUACAGUUUCUACUUUUUUUUUUUCAAACCUGUCUACCUACAUUUUAAAAUUUCUUCUACAUUGGUAUACGAUAUUUUUACAAAAAUUAACAAAAUAUUUACAAAAUGAGCUUCCCAAAAUUCCGGUACAUUAUUUAUAAGCGUAGACGUGCGCAUUUAUACAAACGUGCCACUGAAAAAAUUAUUCUUCAAGAUUUCUACACUCUGUUGUAACUGUGAUACUAUUUUUAAUAAUAUACUUUUAAAAAGUGUAGGUAUUUUAAUCCUACCCACCUUCACGAGCGAAUAAUUUAACGCCGCUGCGUACCUAUCUAUUUAUUAAGAUGCCAGUAAAUGUAUAAUGUACCUUUGCCUUACCUAUCUAUAUAGUUCAACUUGAGAAAAAAUAGUUGUUAGGUAACUCAAAUCACUAUGUUUUUAACUCUAAACCUCUUCAUGUACUUACUCGGCGUACUGCUGGCUUAUUUGCACGCUCAUAUUUUUAUUUCUAUUUAUACUGAUGUAUUAGUACUCUUCAUAAUACAAGCUGUUUUAAUUUAUACAUAAGUAUUUUUCCAAUCAAAUUAAGAGUAACUAUUCUGUAUUUCAAGUUGACUAAAAAUGUAAUGAUAAUAACUGUAAUAAAAUAUUUGUUAUAUUUUUA